GACUGCCUUUCGUGAGUAAAAUUGGCAUUGAAGAUCCUUUAUUUUUCUUCUAUAUUUUUUGUUUCUUUUUUUCUUUUUUUUUGGCUAUAUAUUUAUAAGAAUAUUGUCAGCGAGGAAUUGAUUAAUAGUAAAAGUCUAAGGACGUCUUUCUAAGGCUAUGGUUGAAACACGGGCUCAGAGUGCAAGAACGCCCGUUCAAAUACGAUCGUCGGCGUCAGGAAUUCAGUCUCCUGGAACACGUUCAAGAAAGAGUGUUAAAGCGGAAACACAGACAAGUGACACAAUAGAAAUAUCUAACGAAAUACCUAAGCGGGAAUACUCAACUCCGGGACUUCGAUCAAGAGCUCGAAAGGGAACAAUGAAUGAUACGUUUCAAUAUUAUGAAUUUGGAGGACCAAUUGGAGUGUGUUUUAUGAUAUUUUUUUUCCCAUGUUUAAUGUAUUAUUUUUGGAUUUGUUGGGCAUAUUAUCAAGGUCAUUGGGCUUUGCCUCGCUCUAAUGAAACAUAUUUUGAAUUUGGGUCUUUGAUGAUUCAAUAUAUUGUUAAAGAUGCAUUUCCACAUCUUAAAGCAUGGAUAAUUUAUUGGGUAUUUUUGUUGGUACAAGGAGUCUUUUCCGUAACUCUUCCGGGCGUUUAUACAAAAGGGUUGCCGUUGUCGCAUAAAAAUAAUGAAAGAUUACCAUAUUUUUGCAAUGCUGCAUGGUCAUUCUAUGUUUCAAUUGGAGCAGCAGUAUUUCUUCAUUUUUCAGGGAUAUUUGAUUUGUACACAUUGAUUACAGAAUUUGGUCCACUUUUAUCAGUUGCAAUUAUAUCAGGUUUUGCCGUUUCUUUUAUUGCAUAUUUUCAUGCUGUUUUAACGGGAAAUAUGCACCGUAUGUCGGGCUGUUUUAUCUAUGACUUCUUUAUGGGUGCUGCUCUUAAUCCACGUAUAGGAAAGUAUCUUGAUCUUAAAAUGUUUUUUGAAGUUCGUUUACCUUGGUUCAUGCUUUUUUUCAUUUCCCUUGCUGUGGGCAUUAGGCAAUAUGAGGUUUAUGGCUAUAUUACUCCUCAGGUUGUUUUUGUUAUUUUUGCUCAUUAUUUAUAUGCAAAUGCUUGCGCAAAGGGUGAAGAAUUGAUUGUUACAACAUGGGAUAUGGCUUAUGAGAAAUGGGGAUUUAUGCUUAUUUUUUGGAAUAUGGCUGGUGUUCCAUUUACUUAUUGUCAUUGUACCUUAUUUUUGAUAAAUCAUUCUCCCCAUCAAUAUCGCUGGUCUACUCUUUAUAAUGUUUUUUGCUAUUUCCUCUUAAUUGGUUCUUAUUAUGUUUUUGAUACUUCUAAUAGUCAAAAAAAUCGCUUUCGUCAACAACGAUAUGGUGCUUUGCAAUUGCGUAAGACUUUUCCUCAGCUUCCUUGGCAAACUCUUAAGAAUCCUAAAUAUAUAAAAUGUGCUAAUGGUGGUACAUUAUUAACAUCUGGCUGGUGUCGAUUUGCUAGGAAAAUUCAUUAUACUGCUGAUUUUAUUCAAUCCCUUUCUUGGGCUUUAAUUACUGGCUUUUCGAGUCCAUUACCAUAUUUUUAUCCCAUUUUCUUUAUUUUCGUUUUGGUUCACCGUGUCUCAAGAGAUGUUCGUCGUUGUAAAGCAAAAUAUGGUAAAGACUGGGAUGAGUAUUGUCGUCAAUGUCCUUAUCUUUUUAUUCCAUAUGUUUUUUGAUCUCUUAUUUCUUUGAUUAUUAGUCCCUGCUUUGGGCUAUUUGUAAAUAAUAAAAGCAUAUUUCU